UUCAUAUUUGGUCAUUAUGAAGUGAUCUUUUAACACGGCAACAGUCUCUUUGCGAACCAAAACAAAAGCUGCUCGUUUGGUUCUUUCUAUGCUUUAGCUUAAGAAAGAAUUGCAAAAUUAACUGCUGCGAUUUCUGUUAUUUGUGACUACUGCCAACAAAAUGGGGGGACGAUGUCUACGUUUCAACACAUUGAUUUUGUUUUGUGUUUUCUUUGCGUUUAACGUGACGUCAUUGACGAAAACAAAUUCGUUGAUUGCUGAUGGGGGCGUGCAAACGAGUGUUAGCAGUUCUCUUCCCACGGAAUCGGGCAGAACCAAACGAACCAUUCAAACUGUAAUAAAAUUUGUUCGAAAUGGGGUACCUCUAAUUCAUUUAAUAGUUAGCAACAUAAAAAAAUCAUUGGAAGAAAGGGUACCGGUUGAGGAACUGAUCUCUCAUUUUGAGACGAUACAAAACGAGUUGGAAGCUCAGAGUAGAGAGCUCCAGUUCAUUAACAAAGAAAUUCAAAAACUAGGCUUGUCUGUGGGAUAUUCUCAGCACGAAGAGAAAAUCAAAGGCAGUCUGUUGGCGUUGCAGGAAUACCUAGAACUUCCUGACGAGCAUCAUCGUAAUCUUUUCAUCGAGCAAGGGAAAUAUCUCAGUCAAAGUAUCAGUUUCCUAAUCGAAGGACUACUAGGUCAAAACGCCUUUAGUCCAGACAUUAUGAAGGUCAUAAGAGACGCUGUCGAAUGUCACGGACGAGAAUUGCGAAGGAACGUUGAAUACAUAUCCAGUAUAAUUAUGACUGGACUUUGGGUACGUGGCGAGUACCAACGUAUAAUUGAUGUCCGAGAACGCGUUAGUUCAGCUUUCAAGAAUUCCAUCUUGGCAUCGGCUACUAAAUUGUCGAAGAGGCUCGAUGACAUGUUGAUCGAGUGCAAGACAAGUGAAAGGCUUGUCAACGAUGACAUGCGCAAGAUUAUGGAAAGAAACCGUGACCUUGACAAAAAAUCUUUGGCUGAUUCUCUGCUUGAAUUCUUGGAAAGUAAGUACGACAUCAACAAAUGGAUCGUUGUUUUGAUGGAAUGGAAGCUGUAUUCGAAACCAUUUUACUAUACCCAACUCGAGGAGUAUUGGAAAACGUUUCCGAGUGCGGUUUCAGAUUUUGUCGACUCUUCAGAAGGAUUCCAUAAGGCAACGUUUCAAAACGAUCUCGCACUAGCCCUUCCGAUUGAUGGGGAGGCCAAUUUUUCUGAAACCAUCAAUCUAAUGAAUGACCAUUUCAAAGAAUUUCAAAUCCCUUUAACCUACCGUCAAGCUCAAUGGAAGAAUGGCUACGGUGACCCUUCAAGUGGAUACACGCAUUGUAACGCCAUCGACCACAGGUGGAAUUUCGGAGAGCAAGGCCGCCUUUCAUCAGGGUCCGGCGGUAUCUCCGAACAUCUUCGCGUGUUUUGGAUGCCUACUCUUACUGACAGUCGAUUAGACGUUGAAAUGCUAUCAGUCGAUCAAACAGGGUUUGAGAAAGUAAUUAUCGUUGCCUCGAAAGGCGCGGAAUAUUUGCGACUUCCUACGACAUCAAAUUGCCCCAAUUUGCUCGUGUCACUGAUACCAACGAAACCAAUCGUACCCAAAUCAUGUUCUUAUAACCCCGUGAAUGUCGACGGGAGUGGCCCUUUGCGCAACAAAUAUCGCAACGCUUACUUAUCGGUGAAACGUGACUCGAGCGCUAAAGGUGCGUACAUAAUUUUGGACCGAGAAUUGAAAAACAGCAGUGCUCAGGUAUGGCAAUUCGCCAAUGAUAAAUUAAUGAAUGAAUUCGGCAAAUGUUUGACGGCGUGGAAUCGUGGAUCGUGGUACCUUCAUCAGUACGACUGCCAUCAUAACUGGCCUGGGCAAAGGUGGACUCGCCAUGGUCUCCAACUUGUUAAUGGGUAUGGGUUUUGUUUAGACAGUGAAAGACCUAAUAUGUAUCCCAUCCAAAAUUAUUGCAAAUCACAUUCGUCAUUCAUGUGGUACAGCAAUAAUAACCCCGACUGCUAAACACCCGAAAGUUCUGCAAAAAUUUUUCGUAUAAUCGUGAUGUCGAUGAUGACCUAUUCCCGUUUAGGCUUAAUCCUAAUCAACUGAUAUUUGACCUGCAAAAGUAGAAUUUGUUCAGUGCUAACCAAUGGUAAUACACGAACACUAUAGGCUGGUUUGGAAA